AUGACAACAUCUGGUAAGGAGGUCUACAUCAGCAGCAACCGACUGAAGAUGUCAUCUCGGGAAACAAGCACCUGCACCUGUACAGUCAGUGGAGCUGCGAGCCGCGUCACCCUGCUGGACGUCAGACUGGGCAACAGCCACGUGACCACACUGUCCAUCAGGGACAAGACACGUACAGUGUACACAAUCCAUGGUGGCGACCUGGCAGUCCACUUCAUGGAGGAGAUUAAAAUCAGCCAACCAGAGUGGAGUUUACCGGUGGACGCUGUCCGUGACUAUCUCCCUGACAAAAUAUCGAUGAGACUGGAAGGACACAACGGCUCUGACGUUACAGUCACAUGUAAGGAAUCAGAGACUCGUGACACACAUGGGGCGCCACGAUCUUCGUCAGGUGAACGUCACACCCAGAUUGUGUUUGUGUGUGUUGGCUUUGUCACAGGGUUUGUCUCUGUUGGUUUCAUCAUGGCUAUUUGUGUUAAAAGGAGGUCAGGACACGCGGGCUCCACAUCUAACGAAGGAGGCGAUAAGGGCGUGGUCUACUACUCUCAACCGGAUGAGUCAAGUGACCAGCAGCCAAUCGGAUCACCAGAAGGAGAUGCUGCUGAACCUCACUACCACAUGCCGAAUGACCCACGUGACCAGGGAGCAGCAGGAUGCAAUUACUACCUGGUGCCUGUUCACAGACAGACACGAUAAACCAGCCUUGCCAGCCUUGCUAAAAUAGUGUCAAUGCUUCGUCUUGCUUUGUUUAUUGCACUAUUAUUAAGGAGACAGUGUUUUUACAGACCAUAUUGCAUCUUCUACUGUCGAUAUCGUUGCUGACCACACCUGACAUUAACAUUGAUAGCGUCAUCUGAUGGAAUGUGGAACUCCUCAUCCAUGUCAUUUGUAACGUUUA